AUGCCAAUAAGGCCAUCAAAUCCAAAUCCAUUGUUGAACGCUAGUAAGUGUUCACGUCUAUUUCAACAAUGGGUAUUUCCGUUAGUUUCAAAAUGUCGUAAACAAGGAACACUUGAUGUUAACGACCUCUAUGAACCUCUUCCUGAUUGUGAAACAGCAGCACUAACAGAUAAACUUGAAGCAAAUUGGUUUGCUGAAAUUAAACGAAAUCCUAACAACCCAAGCCUAAUUCGAGCUACAUUAUGUACUAUGAGAUGGAAACCAUUUCUCAUUGGCCUUAUUCUUAUUCCUUCUGAAUUUUUCAACAUUAUUCAACCACUCUUACUUACAUUUCUGAUGAGAUUCUUUGAACCAUGUUCUACAAUGCCAGCUUGGCAUGCUUGGCUUUUAGUUAUGAGUACAAUUUUUAUAGCAUUUUGCUCUAGUGUUAUUGUUAAUUAUGCUUUUUUUGUAACUAAUACUUUGGCUUUACAAAUGCGUGUUGCUUAUAGUGGUCUAAUCUUUCGAAAACUUCUUCGUUUGUCGAGUCAUGCAUUUAAUAGUAUUAGUUCGGGUGAAAUUACUAAUCUAUUAUCAAAUGAUGCUACUCAAAUUGAAAUGGCUCUCUUUUUUAUUAACUAUUUAUGGGUAUGUUUACAAUUGUGUCAAGUAUCUUAUCUAUGUACUUCAUUUGAUUAUUCACGUCGAAAGCAUUGUUAUAAUUUUUUCUAA